AUUGAAUAUAAAACAAUUUUCAUGCUGUCAAUGAUAACCCAUCCUCUGCUUCGCGUGGCAUGUGUCACUAUCCAAAGAUGGGUAAAUCCAACGAGAUCAACGGACAACACUCCUUCACUCCUGAGCUAAUUGACGCUAUUUUUAAAACCGUACGCAUUGUCUCUUUUGCUUUAAUAUAAACGAACAUUUAUCCCAUCGACGAUAUAAAAAGGAAACAUGAUCUUUCCUUUUUUUUUUCUUUCUCAUUCUGCUCUUCAUCCUGCAUCCUUUUAUUAUUCAUAAAUUGGCGUCCUCUCUUAUUCUCUAUAUAUCGUAUUGACGCCAAAAUAAUCAUCAUCUACUCUUUACAUAAAAAUCCAUUUAUCCGGCACCUUUACAUAAAUUAUCCAUAAUUCAUAUCUAAUAUACAUCCAUUACGACCAUGGUCAAGUUCCUUAGUUCCUCUAUCACGGUCCUGGUCAUGACCAUCGCUGCCACUCAUGCUCAGACACAGACGGCGACGACUGCUUCUGCACCUGCACCUGCUACAACCACAGGUGCCACGAUCAAAUAUCCAGCUGCCAACCAGAUCCCCCCUGUAGACUCACCUGAAGUCCAAGCAUGGCUCAAGGAGAUCGACUUGAGUGGCGCACCCAAGAUUCAGCUCCACAAGGGUUCUCCCCCAUCUUGCCCUAACCCCCCCAUCCCUGAUGAGUGUUACUGGACUUGCGAUGGGUGCUCUGCUGACGACAUUGUCUCUUGUCCUCGUGAGAACACCUGGGGCUUGACAUUUGAUGAUGGUCCUUCCCCUGACACCCGAGAAUUGUUGGAUUACCUCAAGCAGCAACAACUUUCUGCGACGUUUUUCUUGAUUGGCUCCAAUGCGGCUCAGUACCCUGAUAUUGUUAAACGUGAGGUUGCGGAGGGUCAUCAUUUGGCCUCUCAUACUUGGUCUCAUCACGCUCUUACGACCUUGACCAAUGAACAGAUCGUGGCCGAGAUGAAGUGGACUGAAAAGGCUGUGAUGGAUGCCACCGGUCUCAGACUUAAGUAUAUGCGUCCUCCCUAUGGUGAUAUUAACAACCGCGUUCGUUUCGUACUCAAGAAACUGGGUUAUAUUCCUGUGGAUUGGACUGGGGAUGAAUUUGAUACAAAUGAUUGGCAGAUGCCCGAUACAAUGACCGAAUCUCAGGUCAUCAAGACUUUUGAGACCUCAUUGAAUGACUAUGCAAAGACCAACCGUUCAACUGGAUUCUAUUGUUUGGAACAUGAUUUGAACUCUCUGACGGUCGGUGUGGCUCAAAAGUUGAUUCCUUUGGGACAAAAGUUGAAUAUCUCCAUUGCUUCCGUUCCAGUCUGCCAGGGCGAUGCCCAGCCUUACCAGGCUGGAAGCACGGCUCCCAUGCCCUCCAUCAGUGGGGUGACUCCUAACACUACUGUCACUGCAACCGUUUCUAUUACCGAGUCGGGUGCUUCUGCUACUCCUUCCGUUACCAAGAGCGGAUUGUCUAGUGGGGCUGUUGAGAACCGUGUCAGCUCAGGUGCUGUCUUGGCAAUGGUUGGUGCUGUGGUUGCAGGGCUGGUCCUUGCAUAAACAAAAGAAUAUAGUAUACGAAGGGAUGGUUUAUAUUGUAGAAUAUUUAAAAUAUGAAUCUGACAAAUGAAUAAAAAAAACGCACUAAAAGAUAUAUGUUUAUUAUCCGUCUAUGUUCGUUGUUCUGAAGUUUUCUUUUCCCUGACGUUUCCUGGUAUUGUGUUGCUCAAGAUUGUAUAUAUAUACCUAACAAUUCAAAUGGAGUAGAGCAAGUGGCUUUAUGUCCAAUGUCCACCAAAAUGUAUUUAUUGAAGAAUAGAAUAUGAAU